UCUAUUGGUUAUUAAGACCACAAGUCCCCUUCUCUUCUCCCUCUUUUUGCUUUAGUUAAUACUCUACACCUCUCUCUCUCUCUUUAGCUCUCCAAUGGAUCCUUACAAGUACCGUCCGUCAAGUGCUUUCAAUUCACCUUUCUGUACCACUAAUUCUGGUGCUCCUGUUUGGAACAACAAUUCAUCUCUUACUGUUGGAGCAAGAGGUCCCGUGUUGCUUGAGGAUUACCAUUUGGUGGAGAAACUUGCCAACUUUGACAGGGAACGUAUUGCGGAACGUGUUGUUCAUGCCCGAGGUGCUAGUGCCAAAGGGUUUUUUGAAGUUACUCAUGACAUUGCUCACCUUACCUGUGCUGAUUUCCUUCGAGCUCCCGGUGUCCAGACUCCAGUCAUUGUGAGAUUCUCUACUGUUAUUCAUGAGAGGGGUAGUCCUGAAACUCUGAGGGAUCCUCGUGGUUUUGCUGUCAAGUUCUACACCAGAGAGGGAAAUUUUGAUCUGGUAGGGAACAACUUCCCCGUCUUCUUCAUCCGUGAUGGAAUGAAGUUCCCUGACAUGGUCCAUGCUCUGAAGCCAAAUCCCAAGUCCCAUAUCCAGGAGAAUUGGAGGGUCCUUGAUUUUUUCUCUCAUCAUCCCGAAAGCCUGCACAUGUUCACUUUCCUCUUCGACGAUAUUGGUAUUCCACAAGAUUACAGGCAUAUGGACGGGUCUGGUGUCCACACAUUCACAUUGAUCAACAGGGCUGGGAAAUCAACUUAUGUGAAGUUCCACUGGAAGCCCACAUGUGGUGUCAAGUCCUUGUUGGAAGAAGAGGCAAUCCGAGUCGGAGGAGCAAAUCACAGCCAUGCUACUCAGGACCUCUAUGACUCUAUUGCAGCUGGAAAUUAUCCUGAAUGGAAGCUCUUCAUUCAGAUUAUGGAUCCAGAUCAUGAAGACAAAUUUGACUUUGAUCCACUUGAUGUGACAAAAACUUGGCCAGAGGAUAUCUUGCCUUUGCAGCCGGUGGGAAGAUUAGUUCUGAACAAGAACAUUGAUAACUUUUUUAAUGAGAAUGAGCAGCUAGCUUUCUGCCCUUCUAUUGUGGUUCCAGGGGUUUAUUACUCAGAUGAUAAGAUGCUUCAAACUCGUAUUUUCUCCUACUCUGAUACCCAGAGGUAUCGACUUGGACCAAAUUAUUUGCAACUUCCUGCUAAUGCUCCAAAGUGUGCUCAUCACAACAAUCACUAUGAUGGCUCUAUGAAUUUUAUGCACAGGGAUGAGGAGAUCGAUUACUUCCCUUCAAGGUAUGAUCAAGUUCGCCAUGCUGAGGUGUAUCCUAUUCCUUCAACAGUUUGCAGUGGCAAACGUGAGAAGUGCAUCAUUCAAAAAGAGAACAAUUUCAAGCAACCAGGAGAAAGGUACCGCACAUUCACACCCGACAGACAAGAACGCUUUAUUCGUCGAUGGGUGGAGGCCUUGUCUGAUCCUCGUAUCACUUAUGAAAUACGCAGCAUUUGGAUCACAUACUGGUCUCAGGCUGACAAGUCUCUGGGUCAAAAGCUUGCAUCUAGGCUUAAUGUGAGACCAAGCAUAUGAAGACGAAGCUUUUAAAUGGUUUCAGAGGUGAUGAUCUCAAUGCGAGAGUUUUAAUAACUCAUUCCAGUUAUAUAGCAAGAUGUAUAAUGUGACGGAUGAUCAUAUUUAGAUGAAAUAAGGAGCAUUCCCAAUACAUAUGCAUUUGUUAUUGUGUUGCUGUUGUAAUAUGAAUGAAUGAAUGAAUGA